ACCAGCAAUUAUCACUGGACAGACCAAACAGAAGCUCAUUUAGCAGAAAAUCGGUCGUGUGACCAUCGGAACUCGGUCCGGGCACUUUAGUGGCGCCAGAGCGCGCACUUUGUGAACGUUUUUCCAAUCGCUAAUAAGAGUGCGUCUUGUUGGAUUAAGUAGUCGACAAGAGACACGGAUCCUCCGAACAAAAGCAUCCAAAGCGAAACAGAUUUUCCGUAGUAAAAAACAUUCAUAUCGGAUCGCAGCUCGUACGCCUAUCGUCUGUAAGUUACGUCGUUUCCGUUGUUCGUUGUCGAACAGCCAUAAACGAUUCGCUGUAGUGGAAAUUAGUUCCGACCAGAUCGUAGCGUAGAGAGUGUAGCGGCCGCACAGUAUUCGACGCUAUAGCCAGCUACUGGGUGGGGUUGCAAACGCUGUAUUGCGGUCGUUUGCCUUCACGAUCCGUGUCUGGUAGGUUUCCAGUGUGGGAAAAAUCAACGUACCAAACCAAAUUGGCGCCCCAGAGAUAGCGACGCAUUCGGGAGGCAACCACGCAUGUGAUUUACUCAAACGAAAAGAACUACUCAACACACGUAUUACCUCAGCCACACGUAGUGCAAAAUACGGCGACAGAGUGCUUAUUUGUAUCGCGAUUUUAUAAUCCGGGAGCAACGAAAGUGAAGAUGUCGAAGAAACCGACGACGGGACCCGCCCUGCACAAGGUGAUCAUGGUGGGCAGCGGUGGCGUUGGGAAGUCCGCUCUGACGCUGCAGUUCAUGUACGACGAGUUUGUCGAAGACUACGAACCGACGAAGGCGGAUAGCUAUCGGAAAAAGGUGGUACUGGACGGUGAGGAGGUACAAAUCGAUAUCCUCGACACGGCCGGACAGGAAGACUACGCCGCCAUUCGGGACAAUUACUUUCGCAGCGGCGAAGGUUUUCUGUGCGUGUUUUCGAUAACGGAGGACGAGAGUUUUCAGGCGACACAAGAGUUUCGGGAACAAAUACUGCGCGUCAAGAACGACGAGAAUAUUCCGUUCCUGUUGGUCGGCAACAAGUGCGAUUUGAAUGAUAAGCGGAAGGUGCCUCUGGCCGAAUGCCAGUCGCGGGCCCAGCAGUGGGGCGUGCCAUACGUUGAAACGUCUGCCAAAACGCGUGAAAACGUGGACAAGGUGUUCUUCGACCUGAUGCGCGAGAUACGCUCGCGGAAGACGGAAGAUUCCAAGACCACCAACGGGCGCGUUAAAGACAAAUCCAAACGGAGGAAGAUCAAGUGCACUCUGCUAUAGAGUCGGGAGCGCGACAGCGAACGGUGCGGCGCGAUGAUUGGGAAGAUACUCGUCAAAUACUACUACUUUUCGCCACUUCGAAGAGCUCCCGCAAGGUGCGCCUCUUGAUGCGCAGCAAUCUCCUUAUUACGCGUAACAUUACUCAUAAAUAACGUCGCGGUUGAAGUUUAUGUUCUUGGAAAACGAUUAGCUUAUAAGAGCGGAAACUGUGUUGAGGACAAGCGGAAACUCGUGACAUUUUAGUGACUACUCGCCAGAACGUCCGAGGGGGAGGAAAUCCGUACAACAAGGGGGGUUAACGCAAGCUUAUACUCAUUGUUUAUGUGCGUUAGGUUGGGCGAAAGGAACGUACCACGCGCUUAUCCCUUCGAGGUUCUUUUAAGCUUAUUUAUUCCAUGUACUUUUAAUCAUACGCUUUAAGCUACCAAUAUGAUGUAUUUUCUUUUUAGAAAAAUUGCAUUGAUGUUUGUAAAUGCAUUUUAGGUUUACAUGAACAC